AUGGAAAAAGUUCAGGAUAUCGUGUAUCCCAAUGGGAGACGCCAGCUUACCGCUUUUUCUGCAAUCUUUUACAUCCCGUACCUCAUCUGGGAGUUUACAGAAAGUAACUUUCCAACAUUCGUCAUCCCAAACACGACGUUUGGCAUGUUGGGCGCUUUGGCGGCCUCUCACCUUGCUGAUGGACAAGCCCCUUCCCUCUGGCAACUAGUCCAAGCUUUCCCCAUGGUCAUUGCAUUCAACUGGUACAAUGUUCUCAUCUUCGACCUUGCGAACCAACGAUCGGAAGAAUCUGUCAAGGAAGACUUGAUCAACAAGCCGUGGCGGCCGAUACCAUCCGGCAAAAUCACCGGAGAGCAGACCAGACGGUCAAUGCUCAUCGCGGUUCCGAUUGCUCUCGCGCUCAACUACUAUCUUGGCGUUUGGAGAGAGGGAGUCUUUAUACAGAUCCUUACGUGGCUCUACAACGACCUGAAAGGUGGAGACGAGGUCGUCAGAGACCUGAUCAUCUCCAUUGCUUAUGGCUUCUUCAACCACGGCUCACUGCAGAUUGCGCUCGGGGCACAUACGACUGUCAACCAGGGCGGAUUGACAUGGAUAGCCAUCAUCAGCGGAAUGAUCCUUACCACCAUGCAGGUGCAAGACCUCAAGGACCAGGACGGCGAUCGAACACGGGGACGCUUAUCCAUACCGUUGCUGCUGGGCGAGAGGUUCUCGCGCGUUUCUAUUGCUGUUUUUGUUGCUCUGUGGUCUUGCGUCUGCCCUUUGUUCUGGAAGCUCGAGAUUUGGGCAUAUACUUUGCCGUUGGCAGUUGGAGGCGCCGUUGCUGCAAACGUGUUGCUGCGACAGACAGUCAAAGCGGAUGACCAGUCUUGGAAGAUGUGGUGCUUUUGGUCCAUGUGUCUCUAUUCAAUGCCGCUGUUUGCUGCAUUGUAA